AUGGAAAUAACACUGAAGGGGUUUCCAGUGAAAAUAGUGAAUAUUCCAUGGAGGAAUAACAACCUCAGCACUCUGCAUACAGAUCCUCCUCUCUCUGAACAAGGAGAAACUAUUGUUGGAAUCUACCUGUUAGUGCUGGGAUGGCUAUCAUGGUUUGGAAACAGUCUGGUGAUCUUUGUCCUGUAUCGACAGCGGGCCUUACUCCAACCAACAGAUUUCUUCACCUUAAACCUUGCCAUUUCUGAUGCCAGCAUCUCAGUGUUUGGCUACUCUAGAGGAAUUGUAGAGAUAUUUAACAUCCUAAAAGACGAUGGUUUCCUGAUCACAUGGAUCUGGACUUGUCAGGUAGAUGGCUUCCUAACCUUGCUCUUUGGCCUCGUGAGCAUCAAUACAUUGACAGUUAUCAGCGUCACCAGAUACAUCAAGGGAUGCCAUCCAAAAAAAGCACAUUGCAUCAGCAUCAACACCAUUGCAGUGUCGGUACUCUUCAUUUGGACCGGCGCGUUGUUCUGGUCCAUUGCUCCUCUGCUGGGAUGGGGCAGCUACACAGAUCGGGGUUAUGGCACUUGUGAAGUGGACUGGUCCAAAGCCAAUUAUUCCACCAUCUACAAGUCGUACAUCAUCUCCAUCCUCAUCUUUUGCUUUUUCAUUCCUGUGAUGGUCAUGCUCUUCUCCUAUAUAUCUAUUAUAAAAACCGUAAAAAGCACAAAUACAAUGUCUGCAGAUGGGUUUCUCUCUGCACGACAAAGGAAGAUGGAAAGAGAUGUCACAAGGAUUUCUAUUGUAAUCUGCACUGCUUUCAUCAUGGCCUGGUCACCAUACGCAGUAGUCUCAAUGUGGUCUGCCUGGGGUUUCCAUGUGCCAAGCACAACCAGCAUCGUCACCCGCCUCUUCUCCAAGUCUGCCAGCUUUUACAACCCCCUCAUAUACUUCGGCAUGAGCUCCAGAUUCCGCAAAGAGGUCUCACUGCUGUUUCCGUGCACUCCAGAGAGCAGGGAAGUCGUGCAUCUGCAACGCUUCAAAAACAUCAAACCCAAGGCUGAGAAUCUGCCCCAGGCUGCGUUUCUUUCCUCCCAGAUACCUGAGCCGAAAUACUCUGCGGAAGAGCUGAACCCUUCCAUCCCUGACAGCGACUCAGGGGUCAACAGUCCGUCUGAGACACCUCCUGAGAUCUUCCACAUCGAUGUCCCCUCACACAUUGAAACAUCUGAGUACUGGUGUGACAAACUCUGAGACUGUUUUUAACCAACUGUAAAAUGAGAAGAAUGACUGUGUUUUUGUAUUUCUUCAUCUUACCCAUAUUCAUUAACAG